CGGCCUGUGUUUGUGUAAUUGGAUUGACUUUCAGUCGCAGGCGGAGGUUGCAGUCUGCGCAGUUAAUUCACGCUGAUUUUUAUGAUCUCGCAGACCUGCUGCUAUUUUUGAAAUUUAAACGGAAAGCAUCAUGAAUUUCCUCAGAAAUCACCUUUCCUUCGGCAACCUCUUGGAUCAGAGACAUAGAGGGAUGUGCAAUAAACCACAGGAGGUCAAACCAGAGUCUUCAGCUCCGGUCUCCGCACAAAAUGAGCCUCGUCCUUCACACAAAGUUCCAGGCUACAGACCAUCUGAUUGGGACAAGAAGAUCUUUUUGUGGUCAGGGCGCUUCAAGUCCGUCGACCAGAUCCCAGAGACUGUGUCGUUUGAAAUGAUUGAUUCAGCCAGGAACAAACUCAGAGUGAAAGCUGCUUAUUUGAUGAUUGCGGCCACACUAGCAGCCUGUGGCGUGAUGGUGUUCCUGGGCAAACGGGCUUCAGGCAGAAAUGAGACUUUGACAGCUUAUAACAUGGAGAAGAAAGCCAAGUGGAGAGAAGAACUCCGGAAAGAGAAUUCUGUUGCUCUGUCAGAAAAAGCUCAGUGAUGAGGCUCAACUCAUCAGAUGUGAUACGGUCACCUGGUACUAGAGUAUCCUUCCUGCUAUGCUGCCAGUCAAACGUUUGGACGCAGCUACUCGUUCAUUUAACCAGUUGUGUCUAAACUUUUGACUGGUAGUUUAUAUGCAUCACAAAACCGGUCCUUGUAUAUUUUGUAACCAUAAGUUUAGCCUUAAAACACAGCUUUGCUUAUGCUGCGAUUUAAAAACUUGAAAACAAAGUUUUAUCUUAAGAAAUUUAUGUAUUAGGUUAAAACAGAAUUUUAAAUAGAACAAUGUCUGUUUCCAAUUAUAUUAUUUGGACAUUUCAAUGAAGAAUAAAAAACCCAGUGGGGCAAAAAGGAUUUAAAGGUUUUUUUUUUUUUCAUAUGCCUCAACGCUGAAUUUCAAAUGUCAUUUCCUACAGUGACGGCUUGUUCGGUUCUAGUUGUGGUUGCAUUUUUCUGUUUCCCAUGCUGGCCUGCUGUGCGUGUUCUCACAUGCCUGUGCCCUUCAGUUUGCUCGAUCACAAUGACUGUGCCAGAAUCAGCUGUGCACCAAGUGUAGAAGUGUGGAGUGGAGCGGGGUGACGGGUAAAACAGGACUAAUGCUUCUUUUUUUCACUGGAUAAAAGAACCCUGUAAAUACAAUCAAUGGUUUUUACCCAUAUGCUAAAACUCAAGUGUUUGUUUUUUGUAGAAUUUUAAGGAAUUAAAUAAAAAGUGUUUUAGACGAA